AACUUCAAUUGGCAAAGAUGAAAGUUCAGCUUGUAGCUAUCCUUGUAUUGGUCAAUUACUUUGGUCUCAGCUCCGCCAUUGUGGAGCAGGGCAUUGACGAAUGGUUAAAAGAGGCCGCCGAGGAACUGGGUGAAACCAACAAUCUUCUAAAGCACAUUGACACUGUUAAUGGGCAGAUCAAGUCGAAUCUCGAAGAGCAGAGGAAGGCUCUGGAGGCAGUCGCACAGAUCGAGGAACUACUUGCCAAACAGAUUGCCUUUGAGGAUGCCAAGUCAGAGGUGCUACUUGAAGCGUUCAAAAAAAUCUCGGUGAAUGGAGAAGCCUAUGCCGAGAUCACAGGCAAGGAGUUGAGAGGAUUGGCCCAACUUCAAGAAGGAACUAAGCAGUUGAUUGUAAGCCUUGAACGAAAACUGGAAGGUUUCCAACGUCAUGUGGUGAACAGCGCUCGUGGCAUUGACCAAAGCAUCGAUCAGUUGACCAGACUGGUAACCCGGGCCAUUCUCCCCCAGCUGAAUGGUCUCCAGUGUUCCUUUGAUAGCCUUGAGACUUCUCAGAUCAACAUUGAAGUAGAACUAAAGAACUUGGGUCGCAUCAAGGAUGUCAGUGAGAAUACGAAUGCCAAGUUGAGUAUCUUGGAACAUCAAUUAAAGGAUGUAAAUAACACUCAGACGAUCGGUCUGGACAGACUGACAGCAGCAGUGAAACAUCUGAAACCAUUAAACUCUUGGGAGAUUGAAGGAGCUUUAAGGGAACUGAUCAUCUCCCAAAAACGGAUAGAGCUUGAUUUGGAAUCCCGCGAGAAGCGUCCACAUCAUUCACCAGAACCAGAUUAUUAUCCUGAGAUCUACGAACCCAAGGGUCACGAUUCUCGUCCCCAGCCAGAGGUCUACCCCCAGCAUCAAUCGAAACCACAACCACCAAAACAAUCCCAUCCUGAAUCCUACAGCCACCACGAACCUCACCAUCAGACUCAUGUUAAGCCUGUGGAUUUAGUUCAGGUUUGGAGCAUCGCGGAACCCCAAAAUGGUGAAGUGCGUCGUGUUAGUGCUUAUGCUGAGUCUCCUAAACCCAAACCGAAAUCCAUCAGACCAUAUCAACCCGUGCAGAAAAACCCAGUCUCGUGGCGGGAACCUUUACCCUGGCAAACAGUAUCUCCAUAUCAAUCCGUUCCAGCUCCAGCACCAGCAACUAAGCAACAGCCGGAAAACUAUCGAUCCAUACCCCACGGAUCUCGUCCUUCUCCUCCACAGAAGAUCGAACAUCAACCUAAUAUUCAACAUCAAUACUGGAAUGUCGCUCCCCAGGAACAAUACAGGCCUGAAGCUCACGGUUAUUCUGAGAACCAUGGUCAUUUGGGACCUCAUCUGCCUAAGCCUAAACAAUCUGCUCCCGUGCAUCCAGGUCCUACACAUUCUUCUCCAAAGCAAAAAGUUUGCAAUGAAAAGAAACCUCAAAAUAUACCGCACCAUCCUGCACCCAGAUCCUACUUACCUGCACCACCAUCAUCGCAAUCCUAUAGAUACCAAGAUUCUGCACCAAAUCACCAAAUUCCCCGCGAAGAAGAAUCUUGGAGAGUCUGGAAUGGAGCUGUCCCGCAAUUAGACGCUUAUUAAAAUGUUCCUUUUUAAGCAAUCACGAGGGAACGAGCUUAUGUUCCCUUUUUAUUUCUUAAUAAAUUCACCCGUACAAAUAAAACAAAUUGUGAUUGGGCGUUUCCGAUUUUUGUUGUCGUUAGACGUCAAUUUUAAAUUCGACCUUAUAACGGCCAUGAAAUGGGAGCCCAUACGAAGUUAUGUUAAAACGAAUAUCAUGGGGCUCCAGGAAAUACUUUGUCUGAAAUUAAAAUUUGAAAUUCGACCUUUUAAUAUAAGUUUAUGUAUACUUACACCAGGAUAAUAGAUACACUUUUCCAUCAUCGUAUCCUUGUUGAUUAUGUGUUUCGUUAAAUAAACGUAAAAAUAAUUUUGUGGGUCAUUAAA